AUGCAUUUUCUACCGUUAGUGGCCAGACUUACGCAUAUACCGUUAGGUGUGGAGCGCGAGCUACUAUCCAACGCCACUGUCAAGUUGGACUACCCAUCGCACUGGUGGAAGAAGCAGAAGUCUGACACUCCGCUGCGAACUGUGAAGACAGUGGUGCAUACCCUGGUCAAGAUGAAGGGCUACGACCUCAUGCCACACGUCAAGAAGGUCAAGGGCAUCACGCCUGAGUCGGAAAUGUCCACUUACUGCAACAAACUGCUCAGGACACUGAAAGUGGCAGAUUCGGCAGCAGUGGGCGAUUGCCAGCAGGAAAAGAAGGAAAACUGCAAGCCACGGCGCAUGCCCAAGUCAUUCCGAGACCAGCUGUCCGACAUUUUCAUGAAGAUCGGAUCCAAGACUGAAACUAAAGAGGGCCUGCGAAUGCUGUACGAUUUCAAGCAGCAGCACCCUGAUGCCGACAUUGAACCGUUCUUGGAGAAGUCGACACAAUUCUUCCAGGACUACAUUCAGCGCGGACUGCAGGCCAUUGAGAUGGAACAGCGGCUGCAGGGCAACAAGGGUGCGGCUACACUGUCUGAAAAAGAAGGCCUGAAGCAAAACAACAAAGAGAUGGAGCUGGGGACUCCGACGUCCGACCCGGAUGACCCCGAUGCCCAGCAUCUCAGCAAUUUCAUGGCACGGUUGCGUGUGCUGCGAGCGCAGGCCAAUCUGGAGCCUAAUGCGCAUGCGCGGCAGGGUGGUGACUGUCAGCCGCUAACAGCUACAGCUGGUGACUCAGAUGUGCUGCCUAGCCGCAAACCGAUAUUCGAUACGAUUGUAAAUCAAAGUCCUGAGAAGCAGCAAAGUCCCGACUCCAAGUCAAUGGAAGCGCUGAAGCAGCGUUUUGAAAAGAUCAAACAAGGCGCGCGAUUGGAUACUUCGUCAUAGUAACGGUCCAAUCACAGCUCAGAGAAAAUCUCUGUUGUAUUUAUUUAUUUCAAGGAGCAUCAGUUGCAGUUGAAAAUUGCAGACCUUAUCCCAUUGAGUCAACAAUUUAAAUCGAAAUUACUAAAUUAUUAAAAUUGAGUCUGGUAUUAAUAUAUGGGGACUAAUAAUGAUUGUUUCAAGUGUUGGUAGUUGAAUUAAUAAAAAAUAAUUUUCACAUUUUUAGUGAAACUUGUGCACUUUGUGUAAUAGAUUUUGAGAUUUUUUCCAAAUUGGUUGAAAAAUGUUAACAUAGAUUUUGCUGUUGUAAUUCUGAUAAUCGUGAUCCUGAUGUACACUGAAUUAGGAUAAAUUUAUGUCACAUUAAAAUCGUGCUACUGCAGUGUGCACUAAAGUUACAUGAAAUCAUUUUAUUUUUAUUUUGAAUAUUUUUUGAGUAGCCAAGCUACAUGGAUAAUUUUUGAAACACUGAUUCAAUAAUAUUGACAACAGAAGCAGUGUUUUUCAAUUAUGAGGAAGUUCUACAAUAUAAAUUCAAAAAAUUCUACAUGGAAAAGUUUGGGAAAGACAAUGAGGUUUAAAAAAUUUAUCUGACAUUUUUGACUAUUGAAAUGUUUGACAUUAUUGAAUAAUUGACUAUUAUUUUAAGUUUUAUUGGUUGUAGUUAAACAAAUAUUAAUACCAAACGCAAUUUUCUAUCCAUUUACAAAUUGAUGGUUGUGUUGUCUUGUUUCUACAUGAAAUUGGUGUCAUGUCAGUAAAUAGUGAGUAAAUAUUUUGUUAAGAAGACUAAUAAAUGGGACUGCUUUCUAGGUUAUGAAUUUAAAAAAGUUAGCGAGGUUAUGCACAUUCAAAACUAACUUUUUGUAAUUUAAUUUUUGCUUUAAUUAAAAUUAGCGUGAGUUUAAUUGGUAGGAUUCUCUUUGUUUAUACAUUUUAUUAUUAGUUUUUUCAUAUGCGAAUUAAUGGAGCAAAUUACUUGAAGGAAAUACCUUCAUUGAACUUAUUUUGCUGAUUGUGUUUUUUCUACAAAAAUCAUAAUAUGAUUGUCCUGUGCAAAUGAUUAUGAUUUCGUAGUUCAUUUAUUUUAAGGAUGAUUUGCUGUAUUAUAUAUUAUUUUUCUCAUUAUCCCUUAGAAUCUAAUUUUUAUCAAAUAUUCAAAUUCAUUCAAAUAUUGAAUUCAGUUUUAAUAAUAAUCAAAAAAGUAUUACAGUACUAUGAAAUUACAUUCAAUCUAUUACAGUUUUUUUUUAUUAAAGAAUGUGCAUAAUUUUUAUAUGCUUCUGAAUGAAAUAUGAGUCCCACUCUUAAGCAAGUAUAGCAUUAAAGUUUACAUGGAAAUGAAAUAUAGAAAAUUUGUUGACUAAUAUCCGUUCAUUAAGAAAAUUCAACUAGGACAGUAUUUUAUGAUAAAGAAAGAAAUUGAGUAAAUUUGUCAUCCCAUAGAAUAAAAUCGUCUAACACUGUAUUUUUAGGAAGAAAUUGAAUAGACCUAUCUUCCCUAAUAGAAAAAUAAUCUGAUACAGUAUUUUAUGAGAAUUAAUAGGUGGUUUCAAAUAGGGUAUUGUAGUCAUAUUUUGAUCCUCGCAUCAUUUUAGAGAUCCCACCCGAUAUGAUAACAUUGAGAUGUCCUCUAAAAGAUGUUAAUAGUUGUUUUUCUUGUAACUAAAAUGAAUGACAAAACUUACACUAUGUAUAGUCAUUGUAAUUAGUUGACUGUAUUGUUUUAGUAUCUUUAGGAAGAACAAUGCUGUGUUAUAUUAUAAUAUUUAGCAUUUCAUUUUUAACUUCUUACACUAGUUAUUAUUAUAUUUUUAUAAGAAUAUUUGAGGUUAAUUUAACUUUCUUUUACAAAGCUUUUCUAUCUGUGUCUUUCAAAUUUCUUCUAGUUUGCCUGUUGGAGAAAAUGAAUCUAAAACUAAUUUUUCAACUCAACUAAAAUCUAGUUAUUUUGAAUGCUGAUUUGGCUACCUGUACUUAGAAUCAAUUACCGUAUUUACUUUUGCUCGGUCCAAAUUUUACAAAUUUCCAUCUUUGGCAAAACAUCUAACAUAUCAAGAUGAAUUAAUUCGUCAGAAAUAAUACAGUAUUAAUUACCAGUUCCCAGUUCUAUUUUUAAUUGUUUGUUUAUUGUUAUGAGUCUGGUCAAAUAGAGACAUUAAUCGCAAUAAAGCACUUUCUAAAAGCUGCGUUUACACCAAAGUUAUUAACAAAAUGUUAAAAACUUAAUCCUUAUAGAUUCUAUUAGAUUGAACAUAACUUAUCAUACACAUGAUCAUAGGUGUUUAUCAAAUUUAAUUUAAUCUAAUAGAAUCUUUAAGGGAUAAGUUAUUAACAUUUUGAUAAUAACUUUGGUGUAAACGCGGCUUAAAGCUGUAAUCUUAGAGCAGUAAUCUGCUUCAUCUUGUGCGAAAUUAAUUAUUCUAGAAAGGUCUAGACUGCUCUAUUGCGGUUAGUGUCUCCUUUUAUUCAGACUCUAUUGCUUUUUAUAGCGAUUAUUAUUGAUUUUCUGAUGAUUCCCGUUGUUUGGAGAUCCGAUUUUCCAAAACCGAUGACGUAUUAGGGAGACGACUUCACUGUACUUUCAAACUUCAUGUAUGCCAAAUCUCCUGUUAUUAUAUUGUAAACCGCUUGUUUCUAUUAAAAUAGUUAUAUUAUAUAUUUA